CGGCCCGCGCGUCCCCUCCGGCCGCCGCUGUCUAUGGCGCAGCCCCCCUCCCUGGAUCAUGCACAGAAACUUUCGCAAGUGGAUUUUCUACGUGUUUCUCUGCUUUGGCGUUCUCUACGUGAAGCUUGGAGCGCUGUCAUCCGUCGUGGCCCUGGGAGCCAACAUCAUCUGCAACAAGAUCCCUGGCUUGGCCCCGCGGCAGCGCGCCAUCUGCCAGAGCCGGCCCGAUGCCAUCAUCGUGAUCGGGGAGGGGGCACAGAUGGGCAUCAACGAGUGCCAGUACCAGUUCCGCUUCGGACGCUGGAACUGCUCCGCCCUCGGCGAGAAGACGGUCUUCGGGCAAGAGCUCCGAGGAGCCGUGAGGCCGCCUUCACGUAUGCCAUCACCGCCGCCGGCGUGGCCCACGCUGUCACCGCCGCCUGCAGCCAGGGCAACCUGAGCAACUGCGGGUGCGACCGCGAGAAGCAGGGUUACUACAACCAGGCCGAGGGCUGGAAGUGGGGCGGCUGCUCUGCCGACGUGCGCUACGGCAUCGACUUCUCCCGGCGCUUCGUGGACGCCCGCGAGAUCAAGAAAAACGCCCGGCGCCUCAUGAACCUGCACAACAACGAGGCGGGCAGGAAGGUCCUGGAGGAGCGCAUGAAGCUGGAGUGCAAGUGCCACGGCGUGUCGGGCUCGUGCACCACCAAGACGUGCUGGACCACGCUGCCCAAGUUCCGCGAGGUGGGCCACUUGCUCAAGGAGAAGUACAACGUGGCGGUGCAGGUGGAGGUAGUGCGCGCCAGCCGCCUGCGGCAGCCCACCUUCCUGCGCAUCAAGCAGCUGCGCAGCUACCAGAAGCCCAUGGAGACGGACCUGGUGUACAUCGAGAAGUCGCCCAACUACUGCGAGGAGGACGCGGCCACGGGCAGCGUGGGCACGCAGGGCCGCCUGUGCAACCGCACCUCGCCCGGGGCUGACGGCUGCGACACCAUGUGCUGCGGCCGCGGGUACAACACCCACCAGUACACCAAGGUCUGGCAGUGCAACUGCAAGUUCCACUGGUGCUGCUUCGUCAAGUGCAACACGUGCAGCGAGCGCACUGAGGUCUUCACCUGCAAGUGAGCGGCUCCGCCCCACCCCGCCCCGCCCCGAGGCCCCGCCCACCCCGCCCCGCGGCCCCGCCCCGCGGCCCUUUGCACAUCUGCUCCGGCUGUGUGCAGAGUGGGUGGAGCAGGUGGGAGCGCCUGGCGCAGGAGGGCUCCCACGGGGGAGGGGGGGGUCACCCUCUCCCUGCCCCCCAGGGGCUCCCUCCUGCCAUUCCUGUCCCCUCCCGUGGCAGAACAGUGGCCAUCACCUGGCCUAGGUCAAUGACAUGGGUGUCCUGGACCGACCAGUGAAUUCCCUUUCUUUUCUCCGGGAAAGUGAACCUCAAGGACAGACACAUCUCCUGGAAAGCAAAAUGACAAGACACGGAGUGUCCUCCUCCCCCUCCUGGUGGUGUGGACACUGAAGGACUCUUUCCCAGGCCGCAUCUGUCACUGGGCUCAGGGGCAGCCUGGACAGAUGUUGACAAAAAUUAUUUAUGUUUUCUUAGUAUCAGAAGAGGAUUUUAGCACUAAGGCAUAGCCGGUCCUAACUCUGUACUCUGUGUUAGCACAUCCCCUCUUGCCGCCCUCUGCUUCCUCUUCUGGCCUCUGGGUACGCCCUGAGAGCAUCCCUGUACAUGGCCCUGUCCCGGGGGAUGUGGCGGUGCAUGUUGUCCCCAUGUGAGCUGGGCUUGGUGGCGGCCAUGGCCCAAGAUGGCCUCUGAGGAGAGCCAUGGACAGGGACCUCGGACCCCCUCUCUCCUUCCUUUUGAAGAUCAUAUCUAGCCAAUCGAAAUGUCACCCAUGUCAGCUUCCAGGAGGGCUGCGUCCCCUCCCUAACGCAGCUGCCCUUCCAGCCCCCCACCAGCCUGGCACCCCCUCGUUUACGGAGCCCCCUCCCACCUUGGAGCCAGCUGGACCCCCAGGACAGUGCUGUGCCCGGGGCAGGCUGGUAGGACAAGGGAUAGUUUAGGGGGUGUUUGCUUUACUGGGGACCCUGAGGCCCAGAAUGGCUCAAGCACAAGUCUGGAGACCCCAAGGCUGUGAGUGGAGGCUUCUGAACCCCCAUCCUAGGACUCCUGACCCUGACACACAUGCUCUGGCGAUGCCCAGGGUGAGAGGUACCCCGCUGCCUUGAAAAACCUGGCUGCGCCCUUCCCCCGCUGCCAGCCUCACUGGGGUGCACGCUCCCCUCGAGGUGCCUUUGAGAGUUUCUCUGGUGGUCUCCUUGCCCAGGCCUCGUCCUUCGCCCCGACCCCUAUGCCGAGACAACUCGGACCCAGGGUGUUGCUCUGCCAGGGUCCCACCUGCUGUCCCAGCAGCUGUCUGCCCUCUGGACCCUCCCCCAUGGUCCCCAGGCAGACCCUCCCUGGAAGCCCGGAUCGUCCCGAAACCUGGGAGACAGGAAUGGAAAGGGUUCUGCUCGGUCCUCAACUGUGUGUGGGGUGGGAUUGCCUGGGAGCCUGGGACUCGGGGCUGGACGUGUCCUCUGCUGAUGCUGCCACCCUCCUUGGGGAAACUGGCACGGAGGGAGCGACGGUCUGGGGCCAGAUAGGGUGGUGUGCGGACGGCUUCUGGUGCCCCCCACUGCCCACGUGCUCAUCCCUGCCCUGGAUCUAGGGUCUUCUCUCGCAGAAACCCAUGGACAUGUGUCUUCAGGCUACCGAGCAGCCAAGUGGGCUGGACAUUAGCCUGGGGUGAGUGACACUGGGCCCUGGCCUGGCGUCCACCCUGUCUGUCCUGAUGAUGCCAGAACACUCCAACAGCUGCUGUCCUGGGCGCUUCCAGGCCACUGUGAAUGCCCCCUGGUCCCCUUUCCCUGUCCCGGGUCCCGGGACACCCCUGAGUCCACAGGCUUAGCGUCCUCUGCCAAGGAACCUGGUUAACUUAUAUUGUUAUAUAGUGUCAAAAUGUCUAUAGUGUCUUUUAAAUUAUUAUGACCUACACUGGGUACUGGGGGGCGGGGGGAUGGCCGUGCUGUCCCCGAGUCAGGCUCCUCCUUCUGCUUGAAACAGACCCUUGGACCCUUGGGGCCCCCCAUGCCACCAAGUCUUGCGCACUGUCCCUCGGCCACCAGGUGCCCCCCCCACCGAGACCCCACCCUCCUCUGAUGGUAUGUCAGCCGCAGCCCUUCCCUUGGGUGGGCGUGGGGGGGUCAGUGUGGCCCAGGCAGGGACGGGGGUGGCCAGGGCACUGUGUGUUCCCGCAGUGUCCCCACUUCAGGAGAGCUGGCGGGUUUCUCACGGGCUGUGUCUGGCCUCCCCAGGAGGGGAGCGCUCAGCUCCAAUAAAGCUGGAAUCAGAGAA